GAGGAGGAGGAGGAGGAGGAAGAAGAAUAUGGCGGCGGAGUCGGGCUGGGAGUGAAGCCGCCGCCUGCGCCGGGAGCCCAUGGGGGAGACGGGGCACUGAGCCCGCCCGCCUCACCCCUCCCCGGGACAGGCAGCGCUCGCAGGCCCUGACCAGCCCCGGCGGGCAGGAGGGCGGCUCCUCGAAGCCCCGCGCUGACGGACGGCGAGCGAGGGGCCUCGGGCCUGGGCAGCUGCUGCACAAUAGAGCCGAGCUCCAGGCCGGGGCAAGCAGGCCCUCUCCCGCCUGCCUCCCCGCGCCUGCUUCACCCCGGCCUCGCCAUCCUCCCGCCUGCUUCCCUCUCCAGGGCCUCAGCCUCCGGGGUCGCCUGCUCCUGUCAGCCCCGGCCGCCUGCCCGUUGACGCCCGUGCCAUCUGCUGUCCACCACUGCUUCGACUUCCCUGGAUCCGCUUCUCCAGGAUCCCUUCUGCACCGCCUCUCCUGUCUGCCCUUCAUCCUGCAAAAAGCCUCAUUUCUCUCUGCGGCACUCCCCUGCCUAGUCGUACUCGCCUUUUGUGCAGCGCCUGACUCUGCCUGGAGCAGCUCCCCUUUGACAUCUUCACCUCUUUUCUUGUUUCCCCUCUUCCCCUGCGCCCCCUCAUCCUCUGUUACCCUGGAUAAUGAGGUCCCGUUGGCGCACUGAAGAGUAAGAAGAGCUCGCUUGUCGUGCCCUUGUGGGGCUGCUACCUUCUUUCCCGCUCCCCUCCUUUGAGGGGGGCCUAGUCCUCGACCAGCCUUCUGCUUCUCCAGCAAUUGCAAACCAGAGUGGUGGCUGUGGUGUGGCAGGCGGCAGGAUGACUGACACCCGGCGGAGGGUGAAGGUUUACACGCUAAACGAGGACCGCCAGUGGGAUGAUCGAGGCACAGGGCAUGUGUCCUCUUGCUACGUGGAGAGACUGAAGGGCAUGUCCCUGCUAGUCAGGGCAGAGAGUGAUGGCUCUCUUCUUUUGGAGUCCAAAAUUAACCCAAACACUGCAUACCAGAAGCAACAGCCCUCCUCUCCCCAGAGGAAAAAGACAGACCUGCCCUGGUCCAGUGCUGGAUUUUAUUCAGAGACUUCAGAGCUUUUAUUUAUUCAACUUACUGCAGUUAAUGUGGUCUUCCUAAAUCCCUUUCUUCUGUGUACCACCUCUUCCUCAACCUUUGGAAAAGGAAAAGGUAAACUAUUUGCCAUUUGCAAGGAUACCUUGAUUGUGUGGUCUGAAGCUGAAAAUUAUGAUUUGGCACUUAGCUUUCAAGAAAAAGCAGGAUGUGAUGAAAUAUGGGAAAAAAUAUGUCAGGUUCAAGGCAAAGAUCCUUCUGUUGAUAUUACUCAGGACCUUGUUGAUGAAUCUGAGGAAGAACGUUUUGAUGAUAUGUCAUCACCAGGUCUAGAAUUGCCAUCUUGUGAAUUAAGUCGACUAGAAGAAAUUGCAGAACUUGUGGCAUCUUCGCUGCCCUCACCGUUACGUCGUGAAAAACUCGCACUAGCACUAGAAAACGAGGGCUAUAUUAAGAAGCUCUUAGAAAUUUUUCAUGUGUGUGAAGACUUGGAGAACACUGAAGGACUACACCACUUAUAUGAAAUUAUCAAGGGAAUUUUCCUUUUGAACAGAACUGCACUUUUUGAAGUCAUGUUUUCCGAGGAAUGUAUAAUGGACGUAAUUGGAUGCCUAGAAUAUGAUCCGUCUUUAUCACAGUCACGGAAACACAGGGAAUUUCUGACUAAAACAGCAAAAUUUAAAGAGGUGAUUCCUAUAUCUGAUCCAGAGCUGAAGCAAAAAAUACAUCAGACAUACAGAGUACAGUAUAUUCAAGAUAUGGUCCUACCCACUCCCUCAGUUUUUGAGGAAAAUAUGCUAUCAACACUUCAUUCUUUCAUCUUUUUUAAUAAAGUGGAAAUAGUUGGUAUGUUACAGGAGGAUGAAAAAUUUCUGACAGACUUGUUUGCCCAACUAACAGAUGAAGCCACAGAUGAGGAGAAAAGACAGGAAUUGGUAAAUUUUCUUAAAGAAUUUUGUGCGUUCUCUCAAACACUGCAGCCUCAAAACAGAGAUGCAUUUUUCAAAACCUUGUCAAAUAUGGGCAUACUGCCAGCACUAGAAGUCAUACUGGGUAUGGAUGAUGCACAAGUACGAAGUGCAGCCACUGAUAUAUUCUCAUAUUUGGUUGAAUACAACCCAUCCAUGGUACGAGAGUUUGUCAUGCAGGAAGCGCAGCAGAAUGAUGAUGAUAUAUUACUCAUUAACCUCAUCAUAGAACACAUGAUUUGUGACACAGAUCCAGAACUUGGAGGGGCAGUUCUACUUAUGGGUUUGCUUCGUACUUUAGUUGAUCCAGAAAAUAUGCUUGCCACUGCCAAUAAAACAGAAAAGACUGAGUUCUUGGGUUUCUUCUACAAACACUGUAUGCAUGUUCUGACAGCCCCUUUGUUGGCCAAUACUACCGAGGACAAGCCUAGCAAAGAUGAUUUUCAGACAGCCCAACUCUUGGCAUUGAUAUUGGAAUUGCUAACUUUCUGUGUAGAACAUCACACUUAUCACAUAAAGAACUACAUCAUUAACAAAGAUAUCCUGCGAAGAGUGCUCGUUCUCAUGGCCUCAAAGCACGCUUUCUUGGCAUUGUGUGCCCUUCGUUUCAAGAGAAAGAUAAUUGGACUAAAGGAUGAAUUCUACAACCGUUACAUAAUGAAAAGUUUUUUGUUUGAACCUGUGGUCAAAGCAUUUCUAAAUAAUGGUUCCCGUUAUAAUCUGAUGAACUCUGCCAUAAUAGAGAUGUUUGAAUUUAUCAGAGUGGAAGAUAUAAAAUCAUUAACAACUCAUGUAAUUGAGAAUUACUGGAAAGCACUGGAAGAUGUAGAUUAUGUGCAGACAUUCAAAGGACUGAAACUACGAUUUGAGCAACAAAGGGAAAGACAAGAUAAUCCAAAACUUGACAGCAUGCGCUCCAUUCUGAGAAACCACAGGUACAGAAGGGAUGCGAGAACCCUGGAGGAUGAGGAGGAAAUGUGGUUUAAUACUGAUGAAGAUGAUAUGGAAGAUGGAGAGGCAGUGGUGCCCCCUUCUGACAAAACUAAAAAUGAUGAAGAUAUUAUGGACCCUAUCAGUAAAUUCAUGGAAAGGAAAAAAUUAAAAGAGAGUGAAGAAAAAGAAGUUCUUCUGAAAACUAACCUUUCAGGGCGUCAAAGCCCCAGUUUCAAGCUUUCCUUCUCCAGUGGUACAAAAUCUAACCUUACCAGCCAGUCCUCUGCAAGUAAUCUGCCUGGGUCUCCAGGGUCUCCUGGAUCCCCAGGGUCCCCUGGGUCUCCAGGAUCAGUUUCUAAAAGCACAUCUCAGAUGGCAGCUAUUACAACUAAGGGAGGCCUCGUUGGUCUUGUAGAUUAUCCUGAUGAUGAUGAAGAGGAUGAUGAAGAUGAAGAUAAAGAGGAAACUUUACCUUUGUCAAAGAAAGCAAAGCUUGAGUCAUCAUAAUGGCAACUGCUGAAGAACGUUAUCAGUUGGGGGAAGGUUAUUUUUUCCAAAAACAAAACCCACAGCAAAGCAGCAAUCUUUUGUGAAUUACUGUGUGUGACACAGAUCAACCUGUACAAAUGGAUUUCUGCCAAUCAAGUGCCAAUUCAAAGGAACAGAAGAAGGGGAACUAUUUCAGUUAGGGGAAAGACGCCUUUUAGCUCUCCAGCUUGGACCACACAUUGCCCUUUUCUCAGGGAAGGAAAUGGAAAACAAAAAUUAAAAAAAAAGGCAAACAAAAAAGCCAACAGGGCAGGAGUUUUGUUAGUGGAACUCUGGAUUGGCUGGUCAGUUGCUACAAUCAGAAUAUGCUUUCUUGGACCAUGUAUGAGACUUCUGAAGAAAAGGCAGGUUUUGCCAUAAUUCUUCACUAGUUAAGAAUGCCAGCAGUUUCUUUGUAUAAAAGAGACCUGCCUUUGAAAUCGUACAUUCUGAACAUUUUAGUCAAGCUACAACAGGUUUUAAAAACCUCUAUGGGGGAGGGCUGAAUAUAAAGUUUCCUUUUUUUUUUUUUUUUAAUCUGUUCCCUUUGCCCUUUAAACUGCAAAUUUUUUUUUGGAGGUGGGGGAUUUGUUUGUCCCUUCUUGAUUAAAGAUUGAGUGGAAUUCUAGAUGUGGUCACUUUCGUGUCAUAAUUUUUUUUUUUUUUGCCCCCCUGAGUGUAUGCUUAGUUGUUGAGUAUAUAUUUGGGACCAUUAAAAUUUUUUGAUGUAAUAUAA